AUGUAUGGCGUUCGAUCCUUGCUGCGCAGAAUCUCUUAUAGAAGGGUUGUAAUCGUAGAAUUGGUGAUGGGAGUACAGCUCGUAUAUGGGAUGAUCCUUGGUUGCCUGAUCAGGAUUCCCCGUUUCCUGUCACGCCACGUUCAGUCCAUCAUGGCCACUGUUUCUGCGUUAGUUGACCCUAUGACUUCAGAUUGGGAUGUGCCACUGCUUAAGGAGUUGUUCUGUGACAGGGAUGUUGCUUUAAUCAUGAAAAUUCCUAUAUCCCCGUCUUAUAACGAUCAGUGGUGUUGGAGAGGUGAUGUUCGGGGAAUGUACACAGUAAAGCAGGGUUAUAGAUUGUUGGUAGAGGAUGCAGUUAAUGCCCCUUCCCAGUUCACUGCAUGGAGAUUAUUAUGGAAGCUUAGACUUCCGCCAACAGUUCUCAAUUUUAUUUGGCGAUGUGCCCGCGACAUUCUCCCCACGAACCUGAACUUAGUUGGACGUGGUUAUGGGACAGUUUUUGUGAUCUUCCUUCAAUACAGUCAAAUGAUGAAUUCGCUGCUUGGUUGUCGAAAGUCAUUGAAGGGAGAAACGAUGAAGCGAUUCGUGCAUGCAUGGCACUGUCCUUGGACACCCAGUGAGGUGGUGCGACGGGCGGUUCUUUUGGCGGAAGAGUGGAAUACCCUAUUUGCAGCUCCAGGUAAUUUGCUUAUCAAUGGUUCAGAACAUGCAAUCGAUCCUGGUAUUAAUGAUGGAGUAAUUAUUCAUGUUGAUGCUGCUGUUUUUUCUGAUAGAGAGGAGGGGUAUGUGUCUGCUGUGGUGCAUGGGAGUGAUGGAGGGUAUUUGGCGGCUCGCAAUUGUUCAGUGAGGAGUAUUCGGAAUCCUAUUCUUGCGGAGGCGAUGGCUGUUAAAGAGGCACUCUCUUGGGCGAAGGAUCGUGGUUGGCAUAAAGUUGUGUUGUAUUCCGAUUGCCAGCUGGUUUGCAACCUUUUGAAGAGUUCCUUGCCGAAUAAUUCUUAUGUUGGUUGCAUUGUUCGUGAUUGUGUUUCUUUGAAACGCUACUUUGUUGAUGUAUCGUUUCAUUAUAUUGCUAGAUCAGUGAAUACGCUAGCUCAUGUGUUAGCAAGAGCUACGGCUUCUCAGUCUGGUCCUGGUGUUUGGUUUUCUUCUUUCCCUGACUGUAUUUAG